AUGAGUCUGACGCGAGUGGGUCGCCUGAGACCCUCCGUCAUGGCCAUAGCGCAUAGAAGUCAGUCAACAUAUAAUGUGUUUGCGCUUGUUAUGGGUGGUGGAGUGGCCGGAAGCUCUGUGGCCUACCAUCUUACCAAGAGAAAUAUUAAGGACGUGUUACUGCUUGAAAAAGAAGCAGUCGCGACACCUUCGGGCACUUCCUACCAUUCACCAGGGCUUGUGUCGGCCAGUCAUCCAGCCCAUCGGUAUAAGCCGAUACUUGCGUAUUCAGUGGAGCUGUAUAGUAGGCUGUCGUAUAACUGGGCGAGCCUCUCAAUUUUGAAAGAGCUGGCACAAUACGUCUUGCUACCAAUCCAACUAGACUCCAGGAAUUUAAGCGUUAUGUUGCUAGAGACUACUAUAAGGUCCGUUAUUCCUCUGGAGGAAGGUGACGUUUGUAAAACUUCACUGUUGAGUCCUGAAGAAGUCGCCGAAAUUGCUCCUGUGGUGAACACUAAACUGAUCCUUGGUGCGUUGUACACAACGAACGAUGGCAUGAUUUCUGCUUCAGGACUGAACCGUGCUCUAGUGACGGGCGCUAAAGCUGGAGGUGUUCAAGUGGUCAAUUCUACACCGAAAACAGUUCGAUAUGACAAGGGUCUCUGGCAUGUGGAAUUGGCCGAUGGUUCAUUGGUUACGGCGAGAAAUCUGCUGAAUGCUGGAGGAAUCUGGGCUAAUGAUAUCGCUCGUCUAUCUGGUCAUGAGCUUCCGAUGGUCAUUGCUGAGCAUCAGUAUGCAACGCUUACGCCAAGUUCAGCUCCUCCUAACACUCCUGCUGUAAUAGAUCAUGACAGCACGUUCUAUCUUCGGAAAUAUGGCGACAAAUUCAUAUUCGGUGGCUUCGAACCUAUGGAGAAAGUCGUGUUCAGAGAGGAUUGGUACCAAAAAGGUGUUCCACAAGAGGGCUCUCGUGCUAUUCAGCCCGAGUUUUCGCGUUUGGAAGAAGCGUACAACCGUGCGUGCGAGCUUGUUCCUUCGAUUAAAGAUGCUCAAGUAGAGGCCAAGGCUGCGCUUUUCAGUAUGACUGCAGAUGGAUAUCCAUUGGUAGGACCGUUUGAUAAGAACUAUUGGGUAUCAACUGGUUUCCUAGAUGGCGUCAGUAGUGGCGGUGGAAUUGGAAGAUACAUAGCUGACUGGAUGGCGGAUGGCGAACCACCAUUGGAAUUAUUUGACACUGAUGCAAGCCGAUACGAUAGAUGGGCUACGAGAAAGUUCAUUGUGGACAAGAGUCGUGAGACAUACUCAAUGUUUUACAAUUGGUCCUACACGAACAGACUGGGUGGGCGACCUACUGAUCGUGUCAGUGGAGUUUAUGGAAGGCUGAAGAGGGACAAAGGCCACUUCUUAUUCCGUAAUGGAUGGGAGGUUCCGCAAGUCUUCGAUAUAGAUGAGGAAGGAAUGCUGUCUACGUUGAGUCGAGAAUAUCAGAUGGUUACCAAUAAAUGUGGUGUGAUUGAUAUGUCAUGGAAAGGCAAGAUUGAAGUGAAAGGAGAGGAUUCAGAUGCGCUCAUGAAUUAUGCGAUUUGUACCCAGGUUCUGUCCGAACUCACAAAGUCUGAUGUGUCGGAAGAAGGCUUCCCUCAGCGUUCAACCCGUUUGAUGCGACUGGGCUUAGUGGCCGUUGUGUGCGCUCGAAGUUCCACGUCUACCGGACAGCUGAGCUAUGAACUGUUCCACAAUCGAGCCGACUCCGCAAGGCUGUACCAGGAAAUUAUCCGUGCUGGUGCACCAUACGGUGUGGUGAACUUCGGUCAAGCAACAAUGAACAUGAUGCGCUUGGAGCAUGGUUACAAGAUUUGGGGCCGAGAACUCACUCUUGAUACGAAUCCCUUCGAAUGUGGAUUGGGAGCUCUGGUUGACUUCUCUAAAGAAGACUUCAUUGGAAAAGCAGCUGCUUUGGAGUUGAGUAAGCAGAAAUUCGAUCGUAGACUGGCGUUGCUCACAUUUGAUCCUGCCGACAAUGCUCAAGUGCCUCUUGAAUGGAAGAGUCUUCCAUUCGGAAUGGAAGUAGUUCGUCGAGAAGAUAUGAUGGCGCAUGGCGCCCACAAUGGUGGCGAAAAUGUGGGGAAUGAGCUUAUUGAUUACUUUCAACGUAGUAGAGCUCAGAAAGCUUACAACAUCGAUCUUCUUGAGCAAAAAUACAGACGAAUUGAGGAGCAAGGGCUCGAUACGGGUAUUGAGAUCGAUUUCGUGAACAACAUUACGUACGCCCCAAAAAAUAUGUCGAAGCGAGCUGUCUGCGCCAAAAUCAACAAAUAUGAAAAGAAGGAAUUCGGGCUUGCGAAAAUCUCUGCUCCGUGUAAUAGCCUCGAAGUAUUCGGUAAGGGCUACGCGAAGCGAGCGAAGGAAUGUAGACAGCUAGACAGUGAUUUCAAUGCCACAUUCAAGAUGAAAUUCCCUAAAUGGCAACCCUAUGAACCUCGCAAACGGCGCACAGUGAAGAGGACGAUCAGAGAAACAGUCAAGGAAUUGGUCUUUGAUAACCCUCUGGAUUACCUUCACUACAUCAUGAAAAUCAAAGGAUUACCAUCUCACAUUUUUGAACGGAGAGGUGUUUUACCCCUUCCCAUGGUUGCUGGGGACUGUUCAAAAUCACGAGAGUCUUCACCAGUUCGUAAUUCAUUGGCGGCGCUAAAAGCUCCUGCGUUACCGAGCCUGAUGGUGGCAAGCAGUGAGGACUGUUCACGGUCACGCGAGUGCUCACCAACUCCACAGUCACCAGCCACACCGCCAACUGCGAAAUCUGACUUGGCUACCGCUACAUCUGCCAUAGACAAAACAAGUGUGCAUCGAUCUGGUAAAGGUCGUAAGAGGAACAGGAGGAGACGAAGGAAGGCAUCUUCGAAAAGCACUCCGUCACAGUCAUCGCCUCCAGUUGCUACACCCACUUCCAACAAUGCUUCAGCUCUCAUAAAACAAGAUGAAGUCCGAGAUAAGAACUGUUCCAGUACUAUGGCAACAACAUCGUCAACAACAAGGAAGAGAAGGUCCGAUGGAAGCGAUCCCGUUGACACAAGUUUCCUCCCUAGCGACAUGCCAAGUGGUCUAUGGGAUGAGAGUGUUCAGACGAUUGUCAAAUCAUAUGAGGAGAGCUUUCCAGCGAUUAGUAAGAAGAUGACUAUUCUAGGAUUUGAUGCACAGGAAUUUAGGAACCAUUUUGGUGACUCCUCUCAAACGACGCUGUCGAGUUUCGUUAAUUUUACGCGGGAAUAUCAAGAUCUCUGUGGAGAAAACUAUUUGGACAAUGGGUUGAAAGAAGAUCGAAGGGCUAUGGCGGCCGCGAAGUCUCGCAAUCGAGUUCUCAAGGAUGGCUAUUUUGCAUGA